CCUAUCACUCUGGUAGUCGCCAAGUGCUGGGAUCCUGCACCAAAAAGCUUCUUCGAUAUUCCCCGGCAGGAGCCUGUUCGGCCGAUCGACCCUCGGGCCUGGGUGCUACACACUAAUGCUAUGACGGCAGUCGGACAGUCGGAUUCAGGUCUGGCGGGUGCGACUACAGCGACGCAUUUUGGACAGAUUGGUGUUCCUGUGGUUCAGCCACAGGAGGUUUGGUCUCCGGCUAUAAAUCGUUUUAAUCCAAGUUUCAGGCUUUACUUGCUAAUCAUGUCUUGCUCUGUUACCCAAUACCUUAGUGCCUCAGCUUUUUACAAGAACGUCUAUCGUGCAAAUUUACGCAGCUAG